AUAAUAGUACUAUAUAACAAACAGGGACCUUUGCCUCGCUUGUUCGUGCAAGCGAAGCUAAGCGAACGAGAAUAAGAUUCUAACUAUGGCAGCAGAGGAAGGACAGGUCAUCGGCGUCCACACCUAUGAGUCGUGGAAGGAGCAUUUGGAGAUGCAAAAAAACUCCAAGAAAGUGGUUGUGGUGGAUUUUACUGCUUCCUGGUGUGGUCCAUGCCGUUUUAUUGGUCCAAUUCUAGCAGAGAUUGCUAAGAAGACACCCGAAGUCUUAUUCCUCAAGGUGGAUGUGGAUGAAUUAGAGAUUGUUGCUAAGGAAUGGUCCGUUGAGGCUAUGCCAACCUUCCUCUUCUUCAAAGAAGGCAAGCUUGUGGACAAGGUUGUGGGUGCUAAGAAGGAAGAGCUGCAACUAACAAUAACCAAGCAUGCUACUGAAUCUGCAUGUGUUGCUGCUGCUUGAAAUAUCAGCUUAUAAUUAUCAAGAAUAACACAUUAACAUUUCCGAGUCGGUUUAUAUGUUUUUCUCUAUGGCUAUGGAGUCUAAAGAACAUGAGAGUCCAUGAAAAUAAAUUGUUGCAUAGUGUACUUCAACUGGUUUUUAUUUGUAUGAUUAAAUGUCUAUUAGCAAGCAACUUGUAUUAGAAAAUGAAUCAUCUAUGGAUACUAUAGUCGUGAAGAAUUUCU